UCAGGACAGUUCAAUGAGGACAUGAUCCCCACAGUGGGCUUCAACAUGCGCAAAAUCACCAAAGGGAACGUGACCAUCAAGCUCUGGGAUAUUGGGGGACAGCCCCGAUUCCGCAGCAUGUGGGAGCGCUACUGCCGAGGAGUGAGCGCCAUCGUGUACAUGGUGGACGCUGCUGACCAGGAGAAGAUCGAGGCCUCCAAGAACGAGCUGCACAACCUGCUCGACAAGCCUCAGCUGCAGGGCAUCCCGGUCUUAGUCCUGGGCAACAAGCGAGACCUCCCCGGAGCUCUGGAUGAGAAGGAGUUGAUUGAGAAAAUGAAUCUGUCUGCCAUCCAGGACCGAGAGAUCUGCUGCUAUUCCAUCUCCUGCAAAGAGAAGGACAACAUUGACAUCACCCUACAGUGGCUUAUUCAGCACUCAAAGUCGCGGAGAAGCUGAGACGGCGGUCCUUCUCCCUCACACCAGGGACCGUGGCCAUGGAAACCUGAAGCCGAGCUCCCCGCCCGUCCUUUUGUCCCCCUAAGCGCACCCCUCCUCACUCAGCGAGGGGAGGGCCCUGGGGCUCCCAGAGCCCCAUUCUGCUGAGGUUUGAACUCCUGUUUUUACUGUACAAUAAAUCGCCCCCCAUCGGGCCUCCAGCCUCUCCCCUGCCCCUCUCCAGGGGUCCCCUCGCCCAGCCGCUUCCCUCACCUGUCCACAGCCCCGGUGCCCAGCCCUGGCCCCCUCGCUUCCCCCCUUCCCUUUUCAACUCUCUGUUAUUGUCCUGUGUGUACAGUAUAUAUAUGUAUAUAUAUUUUAAUUUUUUAAUUUAAGCAAAGACUAAAAUCAACCAUUUGAUGCUGCAGGGGCCAUUCAGGAUCUGGGAGGGGGCAGUCUGGAGAGAGGGAAAGAGAUGCAGGGUUGGCUGGGCAAGUUCACAUCUGGAGAGACGAGGCUGGCGCGUGGGGCAGGUGCCAGCCUGGGCACUGGUGCCGCCCCCUGUCCUGUGUGUCUCUGCCUCCCGCUCUGGCCUGUCUCUGCACGCCACAGGCUGGUGGGAGCCUAGGUAGGCACCUCCUCUCUGUCCCCAGCCUUGGUAGGGCCACCAGGCACCACCAGGUGCCAGAGAUCACCAGGCCUAGGGGCCGGAAGCUGGCGUCCAUGCUGCCCCAGCGCCCGACACCUGUUCCCGGCCCCCAGCUCCUGCCCCACCAGGGCCCCCACCUCCAUGGCCCACCUCAUUUUCUGUUCUCAUUUUGCAGAGUUGCACAAGGAGAGAACUCAGCAUGGGGGGUUGGUUCUUUGGAUUUUGUUUUUGGUUGUUUUAUUUGUUUAAUGAUUUGUAAAGUGAUGUUCCUCUUCCUUUUUUACACUUUUCACUCAUAUUUAACCUCUGUUUGGAAAAUGAUUCUUGUAACUGUACAUUUUUUUGCCUUCUAAUAACAAUAAAUUUCCAAUUUUGUGUUGA